AUGGCCAUCGAAAACCCGGCUUUACAGAUGCUGGGCAUCAGACGGCUCAAGCUACCUUCGCGCAACUGGAUGAUCUUCUGGACCGUGGUUUCUGCCGUUGGUGGAGGCGUCGCCUACGAUAAGUACCAGCAGUCUGUUUUACGGACGCAGUACAUGGAAAAGGCCAAAUAUCUCGGAGAACGGCCGUUCCAGCCAAACGAGCUGCCACGAAAGCUGCGGAUCUACGUUGCACCGCCACCCAACGACUUUUUGAGCGAGGGAUUGAAGUAUUUGCGUCGGUUCUGCAAACCUAUUCUUAAUUCAGCAUCGAUUGACUUUGACAUCUACACGGCAGAACGUCAGGGAGACAUCCGUCAUGCGGUGGCCGAGGAGAUCCGUCAGCUCAGACGGGCCGCCGUGGCCAAACCAGAGCAGCCCUCGGCCGCUAAUGGGGCCUCAGAAGACCCAGAAGAAACUAAGCCGUUAAAAGAGCUGUACCAGCCGUCCGACGUUUUGGGCAUCUCCAAAUGCAUCAAGCCGCAGCCGCUCGUGUUUGAGGACGCCAACGUGCCUCCCGAACAGGCCGGCGGAAUCAUCACCAUUGGCAGAGGUGCCUACAAGGAGUACAUUAACGGCGUGCACGAAGGAUUACUUGGUCCGCUCGAAAAGCCUGAAAAACCAGAGCAGGAAAAGAAAGAGGCGUUCCCUGAGGAAAACCAGUCGGCAGAAGACACCGAGCCAAAGAAGGAAGCGCCUCCAGUGAUCGACUCGUACGUUGACACCAAGCUGUACUCGUCACUGCCUCUGGCCCCGGAACUGGACAUAAAUAACCUCAGAGAUGCAAACGGAGUGCCGUUUUUCUUUACACAGCCCGUGCUACCCUUGCAAAACUACAAUGUGGCCGGAUUCACCAAGCAGCCCGAGCGUCUGUACCGCUUCUACACGAAAAGACACCAACUGGUCGAGUACAACGAGCAGCUGUGGGGAUUGAUCACCAAAAACUCCCGUCCGUUCACAGAAUCCGAUCUGGGACUCCUGCAGGACGAGGAGAACGACUGGCCCAAGCGAUUUGUGAAAGAGUCCCGCGAAAAGGGCACCGAGUGGACACAGCCGUUUGUGGGCGACCCGCGGGUGCUGGAACUGCUCAGAGUGUACGAGAAACCGAGUGAUGUAAAUAGUGCUUGA